AUGUCCAACCUACGCCAUGGACUCCAGCAGACCCUCUGCUUGCGCCAAUUGGCAAAGGGCCAGCUUCUGAAGCCGCAAUGGCAACGACCGAGCUCCCAUGUCGGCACCAAAAGCAUCUCGACGAGCAGCCAACCGGAAGCCGACACGAACCUCACCGCGCCCCCCGAGCAACCCUUCCGCGGCAUCAAGAAUGCCCGGCCACUGCCAGUCUCGCCGUCAUACUUUUCGAGAGAACCUCGUUUCAACGAUGCCUACAUCAAGCUGUCGACCCUGUUGCAGCGAUACCAGCACAUUCCGACAGCGCCACCCGAGCUGGUCCCGCGACAAGUAUGGAAGAACUUGAAGGGAUACCGGCAAACCACUGGAGAGCCAGUGAAGGCGAUGCCCUACAGUCAGGUCCUGGCCAUGGUCAAGCGUUUACACUCCAUCUUUCCUAAGAUGAUGCCCGGCGAGGUCAAGGAGGCCUUGCAAGAGUUCAAGCGCGACAUCGACCCUUACAAGAAUGUGCCAAAGUUCGCACCCCUUGACAGGUUCGGACGUGCGUUGGGCGUCGGUAGGAGAAAGACGUCGAGCGCGCGCGCCUGGGUUGUCGAGGGCACCGGAGAGGUGCUGGUUAACGGCAAGCCCCUGAACGAGAUGUUUGGCAGGAUCCACGAUCGUGAGAGCGCCAUUUGGGCGCUCCGGAGCACCGCAAGGACGGACAAGUACAACGUGUGGGCGCUCGUUGAGGGCGGCGGAGUCACUGGGCAGGCCGAGGCCCUCACGUUGGCUGUUGCCAAGGCCAUCAUGGUCCACGAGCCAGCUCUGAGGCCGAUAUUGAGAAAGGCUGGCUGCAUCACGCGCGACCCGAGAACUGUGGAGAGAAAGAAGCAUGGUCACGUCAAGGCCAGAAAGAUGCCUGCUUGGGUCAAGAGAUAG